AUCAAGACCGGGCCUGCGGGGUGGGGGUGGGGAUGCACUUGCGCAGUGACUUAAGCGGGGGAAGACAGAGCGCUGCCCAGGAGCUCCGCGGCGAGGAGAGGGCGCUCGGGAAGACAGACAUUGGGUAAAGGAGUAAGCAAGAGUACACCCAGCUGGAAGAGCAGCCAGGACCAAUCACCAUGGCAUCCAUGUCGACUCAUGAAAGCCAGGAGAACGGUCCCCAUUUGCCACCGCUAAACAAGAAGAGCCUGCUGUUUUGUCCGAAAUCAAAACUGCACAUCCAUAAAGGAGAGAUUGCAAAGAUCAUCCGAGAAUGUCAAGAAGAAAGUUUCUGGAAGAGAGCUCUGCCUUUUUCUCUGGUAAGCAUGCUUGUCACCCAGGGACUAGUCCACCAAGGCUAUUUAGCAGCUAAUCCAAGAUUUGGAUCAUUGCCUAAAGUUGCACUUGCUGGUAUCUUGGGAUUUGGCCUGGGAAAGGCAUCCUACAUUGGAGUGUGCCAGAGUAAAUUCCAUUCCUUUGAAAAUCAGCUUCGUGGGGCUGGAUUUGGUCCACACCACAACAGCUCACAGUUCUGGAGGCUCAGGGGCAUGGUGCCAACGCUAGCUUGGUUGUGGUGAGGACCUCAUGGUGGAUGAAGUCAUGGCGGGAGCAAAGGCACUGCCUGCUCACCUGUGAGGAAUGCAAAACAAGACAUGGAUUAAACCAGAAGGGAGACUCACAGCCAUCAGCCUCCUAAACUCGGUGUCUAUGGCUUUUAAAGAUUUUUAAAUCUGAAUUUGGAUGCAUUACAAAUUUCAAGUACACUUUAAAAUAUACUUGUAGUGAAAUAAAAGCAUCAUGAUUCUGUCACUCUACUGAAAUGCUUUCUGCAAAAGGCUGUCUGUAGAACUGCUCUGUUAAGAAUGUGUUAGGAGCCCUCACACAGCAAAAAAACACUGAUGUCGCACUUUUCCUUGCUUAAGCUAAGUAAAAGCAUUUAGUCUUCUCUGA